AUGGGCCAGGCAAGGGUGAACAUACCAAGAAAUGAUUCAGUACCAGCACUUAUUGCGUUUGGAGAUUCCUUCAUGGAUUCGGGCAAUAAUAACGCUCUAUUAACCGUGAUCAAGGCUAAUUUUCCGCCCUAUGGAGAGGAUUUUAUGGGUGGGAAACCAACAGGAAGGUUCAGCAAUGGGAAGAUAAUGCCGGACAUGAUUGCUGAGAGAUUAGGACUGAAGGACUACGUUCCAGCGUAUUUAGACCCUUCCGUAGAAGAAAACGAACUUCCAUUUGGUACAAGUUUUGCUUCUGGUGGCUCUGGGUAUGAUUCCUUAACAUCCAAAAUAGUGAAUGUUAUACCAUUGUCGGAUCAGUUAGAGAUGUUCAAAGAAUACAUUGCGAAGCUCAAAAGGAUCGUUGGAGAAGAAGAAGCGAAUAAUAUAAUCGAGAAGAGUUUGUAUUUGGUAUCAUGGAGCUCUAACGAUUGGGCUAUACCUUACACUGCUGUUCCAAUUAGAAGAUUACAAUAUGAUGUGCCUGCUUAUAGUAAUCUUUUGGUAAACAUAGCUACAAAUUUUGCACAGGAAAUAUACAAAUUAGGAGCAAGAAGGAUAGCUUUCUUCGGCGCACCCUAUUUCGGUUGUUUUCCGUUAGGAAGAACUGCAGGUGGGGGAAUACUUAGAAUGUGUGGAGAUAAGUUGAAUGAAGAAGCACAAUCCUUCAACAACAUGCUAAAACGUCAGAUCGAAGUUCUUGGUAGCAGUCUACCACAGUCCAGAAUUACAUAUAUUGAUUACUACAAGCUUAUGCAACAAAUAAUCGAAAACCAUCAACAAUAUGGAUUCGAUGUCGUAGACAGAGGCUGUUGUGGAACAGGAGUGGUAGAGACGAUUGUUUUAUGCAACAAAUUCAGCCCAAUAUGCCUUGAUGACUCUAAAUUCUUAUUUUGGGACAGUGUUCACCUUACAGAAAAAGGAUAUAACAUCGUUGUGGAUCAUGCUCUUCCAGAUCUCGUGUGA